GUGCCUACGUUCUGUCCUCCCGUCCACUAUGGCCUCCGCCACUACCGCCUCCCAGUCCGAGCUCAAAGCGCACAAGGUCCCGCUAGGCUGGAGAGACCAAUGUUCCUCGUUGCUGAUCCCCUUGAACGUCUGCCGGAAGGAGAAGUACUACAUGCCAUGGGAGUGCGGGCAUGAGCGGCACGCGUACGAGAAGUGUCAAUGGGAAGACUACAUGCGCCGAAUGAAGGCGCUGUCGAAGAAGAAGCUAGAGGAGAGGCAGGAGGCCGAGUGAGCGGCUGCUGGGGCGUGGGGGGCGCGCUGCAUCGGUUGGGAUGGGUGCUGGUCCUUAAAUUGGGGGCAUGCGAAGAGGCCAAGGCCAGGUACUGCCGGUUGCCUAGCAAGCAGACUAUCACCCAUCCGCUCUAAUGACUCUAGAAUGAGGCAUGCUGGCAUCAACUUCCCAGUGUUCUAUUUCGCAAACGACAUUCCCUCGAGGGGUAACUUGAUGCACAGAAGAUAAUCGUAAUAUACAUGGCCACCUCGUCAGCAGCGGAAAGUGUCUACUUAAGCUCCGUCCACGUCUCAGAAGCAUUUCCGGUGCACGAUCCCC